AUGAAACUCCUCUCUAGUCAAAAUGCUUGGACCUUGGCAGCUAUCCUUGGACUCCAGGGGCUUUGUAACGGGAAUCCAGCUGCUCCCCAGCCCAACUCCUUGGAUUCCCUUGCUAGGCGCGUCGAGGUACCUGGUCUGAACACACCAUCAGACGAAUUCCCGGCUUCGCGUCGAGAGUCGAGGGCUCGCCGGGAGAAGGACGUCCCCCAGCUAGGGUGGGGCAGCGGUGUUGGGACACCUCUACCAAUUGCCACCUAUGAGAAGAAAGGGGCCGAGAGACUCGAGGCAUACAAUGCGGCUCGAAUACACAAGACGCCAGAUACCACGAUCUUCGAUGACGAAAGCGACGCAAGUAAAGAUGAACAUAAAUCAUUCUUCAAUAUUUACGAGAACGAGGAUUACUUCAAGUUUCACACGGAGACCGUCCCGACCAAGAGUUAUCCCGAGCUGCAGCUCUUCAAAUCUGACGACACUGGGGUUGAUGUCGGCGAUAUCAAAGAGCUGGAGGGAAUCGAGAUUACAGAUCCCGAUGUCGGCCUUGAGAUCAACGUCGGCGCAUACGACAAGGAGGGCAGGAUCAUGAUGGCGUUUUCGGCGUUCAAAGAGAAUAACGCCACACCCCGCGGCCCAACAUAUGUUCCUAAUAACGAAAUAGGUUGGCAGGCAUUUGCGCACACUGCUGGGGACAAGGUCGAGAACCUCAAGGUGAUCUUUUUGAUGAACAUCAUGAAUAAGGGCUUCUGGAGCAUCGCGGCCAAGAACUACAAUGAGAUUGGCAAGAACUACGAUGAGAUGGUCGUCUGGGACGCAGGACACGGUGAAGCAUUGAAGAGAUUUCAGCGCUUCUUGGGAAGUGACAACAUCAACGGCAAGCUGCUUGCGUUGACCAACCACCACAACGCUAUCAAGAACAAGGAUAUUGCAAAGGUGAUCACUAUUCCCAAGGAUGUCCACGGUUCGAAUGGGAAAUUCACAGCUGCUUUGGUCCUAAAGUGA